GCGUCGUUUGCCCUGAAGACUGUUAGAUACGCGGUUGCUUUGGUUGGUUCCAGACAGUUUUCAAGAUGGCAGCUUCGUUGGAAGACGAAUUUGAAGAUGCACCUGAUGUAGAGCCUUUAGAGCCGACGUUAAAAAAUAUAAUAGAGCAAAAAUCUCUGAAAUGGAUUUUUGUAGGUGGAAAAGGCGGCGUUGGGAAAACGACAUGCAGCUGCAGCCUGGCGGUCCAACUGUCCACAGUGAGGGAGAGCGUCCUCAUCAUCUCCACCGACCCGGCACACAACAUCUCCGAUGCCUUCGACCAGAAGUUCUCCAAGGUCCCCACCAAAGUGAAGGGCUACGAUAACCUCUUCGCUAUGGAGAUUGACCCGAGUUUGGGUGUGGCUGAGCUUCCGGAUGAGUUUUUUGAAGAGGACAACAUGCUGAGUAUGGGCAAGAAGAUGAUGCAGGAGGCCAUGAGCGCCUUCCCUGGCAUCGACGAAGCCAUGAGCUAUGCCGAGGUUAUGAGGUUAGUUAAAGGGAUGAACUUCUCCGUGGUGGUGUUCGACACGGCUCCUACAGGCCACACGCUACGCCUGCUCAACUUCCCCACCAUCGUAGAGCGCGGCCUGGGCCGCCUCAUGCAGAUCAAGAACCAGAUCAGCCCCUUCAUUUCUCAGAUGUGUAACAUGCUGGGGCUGGGAGAUAUGAACGCCGAUCAGCUGGCCUCCAAACUGGAGGAGACGCUUCCUGUGAUCCGCUCCGUCAGCGAGCAGUUUAAAGACCCGGAGCAGACGACGUUCAUCUGCGUGUGCAUCGCCGAGUUCCUGUCCCUGUACGAGACGGAGCGGCUGAUCCAGGAGCUGGCCAAGUGUCGCAUCGACACGCACAACAUCAUCGUCAACCAGCUGGUGUUCCCCGACACCGAGAGACCCUGCAAGAUGUGCGAGGCCAGGCACAAGAUCCAGUCCAAGUACCUGGACCAGAUGGAGGACCUGUAUGAAGAUUUCCACAUAGUCAAACUGCCUCUACUGCCACAUGAGGUACGAGGAGCGGACAAAGUCAACACAUUUUCCAAACUGCUCCUGGAACCGUAUAAUCCCCCCAAGUGACUUACCUUCUACUAAACACACACACACGCACACACACACACACACACACACACACACACACACAGCCUUCCAUUGCAGUCUCAACAACAUCUUCAUCCACAUGCUCGUCAUCAUCUAAUCUGGAAAGCUUCAUAGUGAUAAAGGCUCACAACAUUAUACACACACACACACCUCUGUCUGUAUGAACGUUUCUCUCUGUCUUUCCAUCUUUCUCUCUUUUUCUCGCUGCCUGAUUUCUGAUACAGAGGUUGUUUAUUUUACUCCCAGCCAUUCCUCAUUAUUAUUAUUAUUAUUAUUAUUAUUAUUAUUAUUACUCUCUGUUACAUAACAUCGAAUGGUUAUUUCAUCGUGUGAUGGUGACUUGUGUGUAAAAGGGCAUAAAAACAUCUUGAAAGACGAUAAAAAGAAUGUCGUCUGAUCCGUGAGUGCGAAUUGAUUGCGCCCCGAGCGAGUUACUGUACAUCUCAUCGCACAUCUGCUUUACCGUUAACAUCUGUGCAAAGCUUGUGUGUUACUUUCUGGGUUUUGUUUUCAGUUUUCUCUCAGUAAUUGUUUGUAAUUUUUUUGUGUACAAACUGUAUAAUGGUGACGGAUGAACAGUUCUCCAGAGAAUCGCUGACUGUGUCUGUUCAGCCUCAUUUGGGUUCAGCAGGAUGUUUCUCUGAUUCCCAAUAAGGCACAUAGUAAAGAGAAAUGUUUUACCUUCUUUCUCUCUAUCUCUCUCUUCUCUUCCUCCCCUCCUCUUCUUUCUCACUUUUUCUCUUUUUUCCUGCACUUCCUCCUUCUCUCCCCCUUUCUUUCUCUCACUCCCUAUCUUCUUUCCUAUUUUACCUCCGCUCCGUUGUUUUCUUUCUUCUCUCUCUCUCUCUCUCUCUCUCUCUCUCUCCCACUGCUCCCCUCUUUCUUCCUUUCUUUCUCUUUUCUCUAUUUCUUUUUUCACUUUCAACAAAUACAACCGUUUACUGUGUAUUUGAUUGAGUGUUAAUAAUUACACAAAAAAAAUGAGUGUUCAUAAGAUUAGAACAGUAUGAGUAACAGGAAAUUACAGUUAUUUGUUCA